CUCGGCUAGACGGCGUUGUUCUUGUAAUGUCAAAACAUUGAAAAAGGGAGAGAUUCGGAGAUAAAAGAGUGCAAUUCUAACAUAAUUUGUUUUCAUUAUCCACAUAAUUAUCUUUAAGUGGCGAAAUAAAUAAUUGUAACAUAAAAUCCUUCCAAAAUUGGACCGUAAUUGUCCCCUUUUACCUUGAUUUGUUCAUUCAUUUAGUGGCCAUAAAAAACGCAAUCAUUAGUGCCGAAAAGGAUAUUGGUAUGGGGGAUGAGUUGCUGUACCGGCGACAAGUGUCGCGGCACCACUUGGAGGUGCUUGCAGAGUACAUGGAAAGGUACCCACCGCUGGCACUGGCGAGCGCUAGAUCCCGCGAGGGUAUGAUCCAGUCGAAACGAAUGUGGGAGAAGAUAGCCCGCGCACUCAACAAAAUAGACGAUAACAUAAGCAAGAGCGGGAAGAAUUGGGCUCGUUACUGGAUCGAUCUGAAAUUCAAAAUUCGUCGCAAAUACGCGUGCCAGAGGAAAUGUCAGUCUGAGGGCGUGCAGUGUUCGGUACAGCUGAAUCCGUUCGAAGAGAGGAUCAUCAAGGUCCUCACGGACGAGGAGGGCAACCUGCUGUCGCCGAACGGCACCUACCAGCCGAAGAACGUCGGCGUUAAAGGGUGCGAGGAUUCGAGCCAAGAGCUGGUAGACGACUGCAAAAUGGACGACAGCGAGGACCAAGACUUUCCUGAGGAGUAUCAGGACGACUACAUCCUCCCCGUGGAGCAGUGUACCACAGAAGUGGUGAAUGUGCCAGAAGCCGACAUCAAACCCACCAUAUCUUCACAGAACGGGCUGCUGGACCCUAUCCACAUAACAGAGAAGAAGACCACGGACGAGCUCCGCAGAGAGCUGAUAGAGUUCGAGCUGAGAAGACAGCGGGAACUCUUCGAGAUGGAGAAGCGGCAGAGACGAGAGAAACAUGAGCUAGAGAUAUCCAUACUUAGGUUGCGGAAACAGGUGUUGUUGAAGGAAUUAAAAAAGACGUAAUGAG